UACAAAAAAUUGGAAUUAUAUUUCUAUACUUAGGUUUUGUUAACAGUCAAAAGACUACGAACAAUUCGGAUCCAAACAAUAUGUCCGAUCUUCAGAAUAGGGUGGACAUGUUGGAAAAAGCUGUAGGAAGAAUUCUGACUGGGAAAGACCAUGCAAAUAUAAGCGGUUUAAAGAUUUAUCACCAGGGCAUUCCUUCAUUCAACACCAAGCUUGUAGCUUUCAGUGCACGAUCCAAUGAUAGAUCCGGAAUAAGUAAUGGAUUCAUACUGAAGUUCUCUCAUGUCAUCACUAACCUGGGAAACCACUACAAUUCGACGGAUGGGAUUUUCAUCGCACCUGUUCAUGGAUUGUACAUGUUUCACUGGACCAUGAACUGCCAUACAACCGGAAGUAAUCACUGUGGCACAAAUCUAAAAAUCAAUGGUUCUGGAAAAGGUUACAUAUACUCAGGGGAGAAUGCUGCUAACCAUUACCAUACCGGUUCAAGUUCGCUGCUGCUCGAAGUUCAGGCGGGAGAUCAUGUGUGGAUUGAAACCAAUUCUUGGUCCAACGUCCGAAUUUAUCACUGGUCUUCUUUUUCAGGAUGUCUAUAGUCAAUAUCAUGAGUAAGAAUAUGAGAACUAUGAGAAGAAGUCUUCUAGGCGGGUUAAAGAUCGAGGACCUUGAUUAAAGAUCUUAGUUAAAUAUCAAGGACAAUGCUUAAAUAUCCAGAAUAUCGGCUUUAUUUACUCUCCAAUGACAGCUUUAUCAAGGAGGUCAGCUGUAUCCUCAAGAUAUCUAUUCAACAUACAUGUACAUAUAUCUUUAAAAUAAUUUUUAUAUUUAUUUUUACAUUGAUAUGCAAAAUAUAAAAUAACGACGAUGUUAUAUCAUAUAUUAUAUUGCUUCAUGCUUUUAUCUUGUUCCAAUGAACUAUGUGUCACAACUUGUAUAGCAAAGAAAGGCACCUAUACUACCACCUGCACUACAUUUGUGGUCAACAUACUUCUUAUUUGCAAAAGGAAAACGAAGGCAAACGUGACAGAGUUAAUGUGUUUUUAAGUAGGUACAGUGCAACACGCUUAUAAUGAACACGCUAACAAUGAAUUGACGCUUACAGCAAAUUGAUUUUAUAAACUUAACGCAUAAAACGAAUUACACUUAUAACGAAGCAAAAUAGUCCGUCCAUGGCACUUGGUUAUAAGCGUGCUUUCCUGUAUACGAGACAUCUUUUACAGCUUUGUACAGACUAAAAUUAUAUCAAUUGAUCUUUUUCAACUGUUAUACUGUAAAUAUCUGACACAUUUUUUUUUGCAUUAGUAAUGCACUUGACACAGAAAUGUAAAUCAUUCCGAUCUACGUGUGAAGUACUUUAUAUCUCCAAGAUGUGAAAUAAUGUUAAGUGAACUGUUUGAGAUUCUACUUAGAAUGGGGUAAUUGUUAUUUGAAUACUUUGUUGUCAUCUGACGACAAUUAUGAAACUUAAGUAUUUCUUUUUGUUCUAUAUUCCAUCUGAGGCAUCCAUUUGAUACAGGUCGAGCACUUUCAUUUCUUUAGUUGACAUACACUUUAAGACCCAUUAUACGUCAUGAAACAGAACCUAGCUGAAGCGAUGUGUAAAAGGAUAUAUAAAAAUAAAGACUCGAAUGAAGCGUUGUAUUCUUUAAUA